AGUUAACAAUGAAACAUGAACGUCGGUGUAAAAAUAUGCACUGAUGAAGCUCACCUCGAAAGAAAAAAAUAAUGGGUAAUUACUGCAAGCAAAUGAUGCAUAAGGCAUUCUCCCUAAGAUUAUUAUCAACGUGGGGAUUCAUUUUUCUAGUAGCAAUACUUAUUUGGAUAUUAGAUAAUCGUGACGAACGUAUUGGAAGAUACGGAACCAUCGAUGAUUACAACAAGAUGUUCGACAAUAUCACCGACCUAACAUUAGUUUAUGAUGAAAGUGUAAUCGGUGACGCAAAGGGGCUCAAAGAAAAACUCGCUGCAAAAGCUGCUGAGAAAAAGAAAACAGAUAAAGAAUUGAAUAAGGUGCUGAACCAAAUUAAUGUCGACAUUAAGGUUCCUGGCAAAUGUGAGAAGACAUGCCAGAGUUUGAAAUUUGCCAACCCGCCUCUCCCCUGGAUCACAGCUAACCCUUCAUUCCCAGGCAGUGGUAGUACUUGGUCACGAUUCCUUAUGCAGCAGAUUACAGGUAUUCCAUGUGGGAGUGUGUACCACGCCAAAAGUGAGUGUUUCCCGGGAGAGGGUGUACAGGACGAAACUGUCUUGUGCGUCAAGACACACGGUCAGCCAAAGCAUUAUAAUUUUUUCACCAGAGCAGUGAUUAUCAUUCGGAACUGCAGAGAUACUUUGAUAGCAGAAAGAAAGAGGAGAUCUCUCUAUGACGUCAGAAGAGGCAGCAUAAAUAUGUUAAUGGGUCAAGAUUGGAAUGCAUGGUCGGAGCUGAAGGCAGUUGCAUGGCGGGAGUUCUACCUCUCUUGGCUAAACACCACUAAAGAUAUCCACAUUCUCACGUAUGAAAAACUUUUAAAAGAUGUCCGAGGAGAACUUUCAAAAAUAGCCCAAUUCUUCAAUAUGGAAAUCGCCCCAGAUAUUCUUGACUGUGUAGUUGAAAAUAAAGAUUCACGAUCACGCAGGGCAUCACUAAACGCCACUGCCAUGAAAAAUUUUGAUCCAUUUUCCUCAACUGUUUCUACGCAUAUUGACCAAAAUAUGAAGAUUGUUUGUGAAGCGAUUAAGAAUCGUUUCCCCAAAGAAGAGUGUGCUUUUUUAAAAACUCACUAGGGCGGAUCUAUUGAGACGCUACAGAUGGAGGGAGUGUAUUUAAUACAUCAUCAAGUUUCGAUGCAGAAGCUCGCUCAGGGAUUACCACAUUUAGCACAACACACCAGUCAGCAAGAGAGCCAACACACACUAUAUGACUAUAAUGAGCUAUUAGUUUCAAUUUGUCAUUGUACAAUCAAGUCAGAAAAUUAAGAUUUUCAAAUACAUGAUCUCAAAUGA